UUUGCAAGUCCAAGCAGGAGGACUACAAGCCUGCAAAUCUAACAGCUGGAGAGUGCUGUGGUGGCUGCUUUCCUGUGGUAAGCUGAUUUACUUGCUUAAGGUCUGACCUCAUCAUCCUGUCAGCAUGGGUUCCCACCUACACGGUUAGCUGCAGCCCUCUGCUUCUGCUAGAAGGCUACAAGUAUUCACAGUGUAUCAUAGGCAGUGGGGGAGGGGAGAGAAAGCAAGAAAGACUGCUCUUGGCACUUGUGCUUUUGUUAGUUCUACAGAAGAGGCAGAAAAACAAGAGAUAACAAAGGCUCCGUUUCCUUUCUGUGAGAGAAGGCUUUUGUCUUUCCUCCUGCUACAAUGUCAGUGUCUGGCAAGAAAGAGUUUGAUGUGAAACAGAUCCUAAGGCUACGCUGGAGGUGGUUUAGUCAUCCUUUUCAAGGUUCCACCAACACUGGAAGCUGUCUUCAGCAGGAAGGAUAUGAGCACAGAGGGACCCCGGUUCAGGGCAGGUUGAAGAGCCACUCUCGGGACAGAAACGGACUGAAGAAAAGCAACAGUCCUGUCCACCACAAUAUACUGGCACCAGUGCCAGGACCGGCCCCUGCCCAUCAGAGAGCCGUUCAGAAUUUGCAGCAACAUAAUCUGAUAGUACAUUUUCAAGCAAAUGAAGAUACUCCUAAGGCAGUUCCAGAGAAGAAUUUAUUCCAAGAAGCUUGUGGGAAACGCGCACAAGAUUUGGAGAUGAUGGCUGAUGACAAUAUAGAAGAUUCUACAGCAAGAUUAGAUACCCAGCACUCUGAAGAAAUGAACGCCACCGGAUCUGAAGAGCAGUUCCACGUUAUAAACCACGCAGAGCAAACUCUUCGUAAAAUGGAGAACUACUUGAAAGAGAAACAACUAUGUGAUGUGCUGCUAAUUGCAGGACACCUCCGCAUCCCAGCCCAUAGGUUGGUUCUCAGCGCAGUGUCUGAUUAUUUUGCUGCAAUGUUUACUAAUGAUGUGCUUGAAGCCAAACAGGAAGAGGUCAGGAUGGAAGGAGUAGAUCCAAAUGCACUGAAUUCCUUGGUGCAGUAUGCUUACACAGGAGUCCUGCAACUGAAAGAAGAUACCAUUGAAAGUUUGUUGGCUACAGCUUGUCUUCUGCAGCUGACUCAGGUCAUUGAUGUUUGCUCCAAUUUUCUCAUAAAGCAGCUCCAUCCUUCAAACUGCUUAGGGAUUCGAUCCUUUGGAGACACCCAAGGCUGUACAGAACUUCUGAAUGUGGCACACAAAUACACUAUGGAACACUUCAUUGAGGUAAUAAAAAACCAAGAAUUCCUCCUGCUUCCAGCUAAUGAAAUUUCAAAACUUCUGUGCAGUGAUGACAUUAAUGUGCCUGAUGAAGAGACCAUUUUUCAUGCUCUAAUGCAGUGGGUGGGGCAUGAUGUGCAGAAUAGGCAAGGAGAGCUGGGGAUGCUGCUUUCUUACAUCAGACUGCCAUUACUCCCACCACAGUUACUGGCAGAUCUUGAAACCAGUUCCAUGUUUACUGGUGAUCUUGAGUGUCAGAAGCUCCUGAUGGAAGCUAUGAAGUAUCAUCUUUUACCUGAGAGAAGAUCCAUGAUGCAAAGCCCUCGGACAAAACCUAGAAAAUCAACUGUGGGGGCACUUUAUGCUGUAGGAGGCAUGGAUGCUAUGAAAGGUACUACUACUAUUGAAAAAUAUGACCUCAGGACCAACAGUUGGCUACAUAUUGGCACCAUGAAUGGCCGUAGGCUUCAAUUUGGAGUUGCAGUUAUUGAUAAUAAGCUCUAUGUCGUGGGAGGAAGAGAUGGUUUAAAAACUUUGAACACAGUGGAAUGUUUUAAUCCAGUUGGCAGAAUCUGGACUGUGAUGCCUCCCAUGUCAACACAUCGGCACGGCUUAGGUGUAGCCACUCUUGAAGGACCAAUGUAUGCUGUAGGUGGUCAUGAUGGAUGGAGCUAUCUAAAUACUGUGGAAAGAUGGGACCCUGAGGGACGACAGUGGAAUUACGUAGCCAGUAUGUCAACUCCUAGAAGCACAGUUGGUGUUGUUGCAUUAAACAACAAAUUAUAUGCUAUUGGUGGACGUGAUGGAAGUUCCUGCCUCAAAUCAAUGGAAUACUUUGACCCACACACUAACAAGUGGAGUUUGUGUGCUCCAAUGUCCAAAAGACGUGGAGGUGUGGGAGUUGCCACAUAUAAUGGAUUCUUAUAUGUUGUAGGGGGGCAUGAUGCCCCUGCUUCCAACCAUUGCUCCAGGCUUUCUGACUGUGUGGAACGGUAUGAUCCAAAAAGUGACUCAUGGUCAACUGUGGCACCUCUGAGUGUUCCUCGAGAUGCUGUUGCUGUGUGCCCGCUUGGAGACAAACUCUAUGUGGUUGGAGGAUAUGAUGGACAUACUUAUUUGAACACAGUUGAGUCAUAUGAUGCACAGAGAAAUGAAUGGAAAGAGGAAGUUCCUGUUAACAUUGGAAGAGCUGGUGCAUGUGUUGUAGUGGUGAAGCUACCCUAAAGCUAUCUAUUUUUAUCAAAUGGAAUGAAACUGGAUAAUUUCAAGAAACUGAGUAGGACAAAGGGAGAAAGAAAUACAUGUUCUUUUUCCUACAAUUAAUGAUCAGACUGGAAAACUGUUGUAUUGUUUUAAUUUGUAGUUAUAAUUGCUUUCAUUUGUGAAGCCAAAACUUUUUAAACAUGAAUUAUAUAUGAAUUAUUAAGCAUAUGUAUUAUUGCAGCUGAUAAUAUAAAAGGAAACCCCGUACUCUAGAUAUAGCCCCAUUACUACAAAAUGCUAAAAUAUUUAAUGAAAACUGGUGAUGAUGAUGUCCACAGUGUGCAGGUUAUAAAAGCAUUAAUACAUUUCAAGGUAAGAGUCUUAGAAGUUAAAAACAUUUUCAGUUUGUUUUUUUUUUUUAAACAUACUCUUAUUAUCUGGAACAUAGAAAUAUAAAAGGUAACAUCUGAAGCUUAAAAUAGAAAGUCUGAUUUUUAGUAAGCCAUUAUUCUCCUAUUCAGAUAAUAUCCCAAAGAGCUAAACAAUUCCUCACAUUUACCAAGAGGAAAGCUUUUACUGUGUUGAAGCUAAAAAAAAAAAAAAGAAAAAGAAAAAAUAGCUCUUUGACAAAAUUUGUUAUGUUGAUCGUGGUAUGUCAAAAUUUUUACAGGUUUGCUCAUCUGCCAGAGCACACAUAUAAAAUUUGGUAUUUCUUAACAUAUUGUCUCAUUAGAUUUGUUACCAGUAGAAUAUUAUUGUAAUUUCAUAUACACAGCCUAUACAAUGAAAUAAUGAAUAUUUAUCAUAUUGAUACAAACUGUGACCUCAGCUACAGAGUGCCAGGGCUUCACUUGUAUAGAAUGUAAUGUUCUCCUCAAGCAUUUAUGUUAACUCUAUGAACACAUGUCGUUAAGUUAAACAAGUUUUCAAAAACAAAACGAUUUUUAAAGUACAUUAAAAUUGAGGACGUUAUUCAGUGUUAACACAUGGGAAAACCAAAAUAAUCAAUAAGCUUGGUCAAAUACGAUAGUUAUCUUUUUUGUACCAGUACAUACUUUUCUGUUACUGUUAUAUUAUCCAGUAGAAAACGUUAGGAUAUGUGUGCUAUACAAAAAAAAAAAAGACUUUUUAAGUUUUAAAAUAACAAAAAUGGCUAGUUGAAUAGUAUUUUAUGUGUCAUGCUUCCAUUUAUUCCAUUUAAUUAUACAACUAAGAUGAAAUAUUGAAAAACCCUUUAUGAAAGUAACUUUUCAAGUAAAUGCACAAUUUUAGAAUUUCUACAAUAAGUUCUUUUAAACAGACUUUUUAUUGUGGAUUGUGAAAUCAAAAUCUGGAGAAAUGCUUAUAAAAUAUACUACUAGCUUUUAAGUUUUAAGAAAGAACAACGUAAGUUGUACAAAGCUAUUUGUACUUUGACAAAUUGAAUUUAAAUAAACUUUAUUUCCUCUCCUUA